CUAUUUUUUCAUGGAGUGAAAAACCGUGUGAGGAGCAAAUAAACUUGCGAUGAGCCCCCUGAAUUCAAAUUCCUUUACUAACGCCAGUAUUGUGCGUCCUGAGUUCUUUGUCAUAAGUGGUUUUGCCGGUAUUUCCCAUGCAAACUACUACUAUGUGUUCUUGUGCUUCGUUUAUGCUCUGAGUCUACUGGGAAAUGCUUUUGUCAUGUUUAUGAUUUACACUGACCACUGUCUCCACACUCCAAAAUACAUUGUCGUUUUUAAUUUGGCUGUGUCCGACUUGUGUGGAAGCACUGCACUUGUUCCUCAGAUGAUUGACACCUUGCUGUUUAAAUCACAUUUAAUCUCCUACAAGGCCUGCUUGACUAGUAUGUUCUUUGUUUUUUGGUUUCUCUCUGUGCAGUCUUUCACUCUCUCUGCUCUGUCCUAUGAUAGAUUUGUUGCUAUAUGCUUUCCACUGAGAUAUAAUGAGAUUGUGACUAGUAAAUCAAUGUUGGUGAUGACAGCGAUAUUAUGGAUUUUUGCCAUAAUGACCACUCUCAUAGCUGUGAUUUUUAUCAACAGAAUAUCAUUCUGCAAAUCCAUUGUGGUAAACAGCUUUUUCUGUGAUCAUGGAGCAAUACAACUUUUGGCAUGCGAUGACAAUCCUCCAAGUGCUGUGAUAAACUGGACACAUCCCGUUAUAAUUCUCUGGUUACCGGUACUUUUUAUCACAGGUACAUAUAUUUCUAUAGCCAGAGCAUUAUUUAAAAUUGCAGAAGCUUCUGAGCGCCUCAAAGCCAUGAAGACCUGCACCUCUCAUUUGAUCUUGGUGGGUGUGUUUUAUCUUCCUAUAUGUAUCACCUAUGCAAUGAGCUCCACCAUUCAAUUGAACGCCUGGAUAGUUAACAUGUCUCUGACAACUGUCUUGCCACCAAUGCUGAAUCCAAUCAUUUACUCUCUGAAGACAGAGGAAUUCACAGAAUCCAUUAAAAAGCUGUAUAGAAGAAACAAGAUUCACAUCGUUGUAAGGAAUAAAUGAAUAAAUGUUUUAAUCACACAUGACUGAAUAGCAACUUUGACAAUUUUCAUUUUUUAACCCCCCACUCAACUGAACUAUAAGAGUUAUUAACAAAUUAAAUACAAUGAAUUGGAACACGGUGCUAGAUAUGAAAAAAAUUAUUUAUUUUCAAAAAUCUGAUUUACAAUUUGAAUUAUAUAUUUAGUCUGUUUAUUUUGAGAUUUGUUAAUUAAAUCUGAAAAUAUGUAUUAAAAAGUUUAUUUUGCAUGUCAACUCUGAAAAAAAGACUCAUAUCUAGCAAUCGCCCAAUCAAUGCCCAACCUCACUAAUUCUCUUCUGGCUGAAAAGUAGCAAAUUCCUGCAGCAAUACUCCAACAUCUAAUAUUUAGCCUUCCAGAAGAGUUGAAGUAGUUAUAGCAGCAAGUCGUGCACCGACUCCAUAUUAAUUCCCAUAAUUUUUCAUGAGAUGAUGGAUGUCAGGUUUCCACAUACCCUUGGCCUUAUCGCAAAUUUGGGUG